CUUUUUGUUAUGUGUUCUUCUGUUCUUUAAUUGAAAAUUUUUACAGAUGGGAUGACUCUCUUUCGCAUGCCCAGAAUAAUUAGGCGCUUAAUACGGAGACGAACAAGACAUAUACCAGAAAGAGACGCUUUAACAACAAGGAAGAAUUUGUCAUAUGCUUAUGCCUUCCUUGCUUGGAAUGUUUUUGGUUAUGUUGCCUACCUUUGUUAUACUGGACGUCUGAAGAAGGCUGAUGAGGAUACAGUUUCACAAGGUCGGUAUUUUGCUAAGCUGCUGCAGGCAAAAAAUGUUACCUUGGUACGUGUAGAGGGCUUGACUCAUGUAUCCACAGUAAAGCUUGAUGAUGAAUAUAGCCCAGAAACACCUCUUGACACUGUUGGAGAAGAAUUAGAGAAUAUUACUGAAGAAAAUAUCUCUGGAAACACAGAGGUUUAGAAUAACUCAUUUAUUUUAGCAUUGUAUGAUAGUAAAUUUUUCAGUAGAUAUUGAAUAAUGUUCAGAACUAUGAUUUCCCAUGUGUGUGUCACUAGGUAUUGGAAUCAUCUAGGGGUUAUUUUGAAAAGGAAUUCAGAUAUACUUCUGCCGGUCAGUAGGUUUGAAUAC